AGCCCCAUUUCAAACACAAUUUCCACAAAUUCACACAUUAAUCAAAUUUAAACAAGUUAACGGCUUAAAUAGCAAAUUUCAAAAUCCACAAGUAACAUUCUACACAUUUCAUAAAUCCAUAAAAACCCUAAUUUAUUUCAUUACCAUACACACAAACAAACCAUGACGGACGACGACGAUAAUAAUAAUGAAUUCGGCGUUAGCCGGAAAAUAAUGAUCGCGUCGAUCUUCUCAUUAUUCGCGGUGGUGAUGCUCAUUAUAUUUCUUCAUCUUUACGCUAGAUAUCUACAAAGACGCCAAGUAACGCGACGACGUGAAGCUAUUCAACGACUCACAAGCCAAAUCGCGCCGGAAAUUGCGAAUUUCUCCGUUGAAGAACCUAAACUAGGGCUUGAUCCUUUGGUCAUAGCUUCAUUUCCGUCGUUUAAAUACAAAAACCAAACCGACAAGUUACUUGACGAUCACGGCGAGUGCUCCGUUUGUUUGGCUAACGUAGUGGAUGGUUCUUUGGUUAGGGUUUUACCUAACUGUAAGCACAUGUUUCAUGCAGAGUGUAUUGAUAUGUGGCUCGGGUCACAUACUACGUGUCCUAUAUGUCGAGCUGCGGUUGAACCGACUGUUGGGGUUCAGCUUGAGGAGCGAGUGGUUCAACAACCGUCGGCUCCGCCGUUGCAGGAGGGGAAUACGUCGUCGUUUCGUGGUAAUGGGCCUGAGAUGGAGAAGGGUAGUGGGUCAGCUGGCUCGCGGUUCGGGUCGUUUAGAUGGAUGGUUUCUAGGGAUAGAUCGUCUAGGGCUAGAGAUGAAAUUUGUGUGCAAGAUUUGGAAAGUCGACAGUGAGUAAUUAUUUAAUAUUAAUUUUUGGUCUAUAUUUGUUAUUUUUUAGUUUUUUAAUUGGAUUGAAAAUGAUAUCAUAUGAAAGUUCAAUUUUCUGGGACUGUAUUAUAAUGAUUCUGUACCGUGUUAAAUUGCCGGUGAUGUUUCCCUGAGAUGAGAUCAAGUUUGUAUUUCUUGGGCUUUUAGGGUAUGUAAGAGCAGGGCCUUAAGUAAAUGGGCUAGUCUGAAGAAGCCCAAUUUAGAAAGUUCAUGUAUAGCAGUAUAGGUGUGUAAAGGAGCUGAGCUGAAUCUCAAUUAUAGCAUCUUUAGAAUGGACUUAAA